CCCUGCCCUCUCCGCAGCCCCUCGGCUGUCCCCGCAGAGGCUCCGGUCAUCCUCCCGUCCGCUGGGCCGUAAUGCCCCUUCGUGUCCUGGGGCGUGACACGUUUCUGUCGAAGGCCGCAACCGAGCAGAGCAACGCAGUCCCACGCCACACCUCCUCUUGGGAUGGAAAACAUCUCAAGGUUAAACUUCCUUAUAUGAGCCAGGUUGGACUGCACAGAGCAUUUAAUCUCAUCAGCUGGAAAUAGAUUCUGAGGGUGUCAAAACUGUCUAGUCCGCCUAAACAACAGUGUAUUGAGAGGUUCAGUUGUAAUGCUAGUGGUUAGCAUACUUAGUGGAUCAUAAUGACCUCUAUAAGCAUUAAGGAAUACUGGAGAUCACUCAUUCAAUGUUUUCCUGCAUCCUUCAAGCUGUUUAUUUUCAUCUACACCUUUGUUUUUUCCUUUUCUUUCCCUUUUGUUUUCAUUUAUUUAUUUUUGCCAGAAUUGAGACCAGUAACUAGAUUUUAGCUGCAGUCUAUUUUCCAGAAAGGCACACAGCUCUGAUCUGACACCACCAAUUUCACUGCUCCCCUGGGUAGUUUGUUGCUGUGGUUUCAUGUUCUGUAUUUAAAGCCUACAUCCUAAAUUUGUAAAGCUUCAGUGCCUCCAAAUAAUGAUAUGCUUUAACCUCAUACAAGAAGACUCACAUAAUAUUUUCUGGUAACUGCUAUGUAUAUUGCUUAGGUAAUCUCUCAAGGGUCUUUUCUGCAUGUUUUCAGGAUACAUUUUUACACCGGUUCUUCUUCAUUGUUAUCCACUCCAAGGAGAAGACUGCAAUAUCUGAUAGUAGCCAGCGUAUCCAUUUCUUCCUGGGUGUGGUAGAUCUAAUAGCACUAAUAGCAAUUGUGUACAAUCAGUCUUGAUUCAGAUUCUUUGCAUAUGGAGGCUUACAUGUGAAGAAAAAUGUCUCAUUUCAUAGCUUUACAAUCAGAUUUUGAGGCGUAACAACAAUUACUUUUGAAGUAGAAAACAUGAUUUCACUAAGUAUUUUUCCUCAAACAAACAGACAUAUUCAUGUUUGAGUUAGCCAAAAUAAGAAGUUGAACUAAUUUCUACUCUUUAAAAGCAGAGUGACACCUAAAGGCCAAGUGCAUCAGUCCUGUGUGGCUGCAUUCCAGUCACUGCAGCUGCAAGUUGUGCAGGCAUCCUUAAAACUCCCUUUAAAGAGGGAGCUUACGUACUGUUAGCUGAAUAGAUACAGUAGUGUCAGGUAUAGAGUCUGCUUGAAAAGUGUAGUAAACACACAAAGAACUCCUCUGGGGCUCUUCAGUAUUUAAUUAUUUCAUUUCUAACUUCCUAUGCAUUAUGUAGUCAUUUUACAUUCACCUCUUUCUACUGUCUUUUGAGUAUCUACCAUGCAUUUUCUUACACCCUAUCUUCUUUUUGCCUCAAAGACUUGUGCAAUUACAGUGAAUUUGUUGGCAUGUGUGCCUCUACUUCCUCUAAAUCAAGAACUCACUAGCCACUUACAGAGGGUAGGGAAAAGAUACUCAUUUUAGGUGAAUAAAUAGCCGGCUAGAGGAGAGAGAGCCUGUAAUGAUCUCUGGGUGUAUCCUGACAGAAAGAAAUUCCGUAAUGUGAACCCAGGCAUUAUUGGAGAGCAGAGUACACACUAGAUAUAAUUCCUUACAAAACACACUAGCUGAUAUAUCAGGAAAAUAUUCCACUUUGAGUUUAAUGUCUACAAAAUACCAGUCUGUGACAAAUCAGACUUCAUCUGUUCCAUACAUCUCAAGAUACUACGAUUUUUAAAGAGAUUUAAAUUACUGUAAAUCAGCAUUAAGGUGGCAACAGUCUCAAGAAAAUUCCUAUUAUGCAAAAUGGUUUGCAGCACAAUUGUUUGCCCAACAAAUCCAUGAUGUUUAUCUCUUCCUCAUGCCAUCCAUAAAUUGCUUUCAUCUUCAGAACUUCAACACAAUUUGGUAUAAAGACUUUGAAAAAUUAGUCUGGUCUUUAUAAAACUAAUAUUAUUAAACUAUUUGUUUUCAGCUGGUAUCUGUAGGAAGUAUAGUUUCCACUGCAUUUCUUCCCAGCCUAAAACAUAGAACUGAGUGAUAGUUUACAGACAGAGUUUAACUCUUAUUUUGGAGCUUUGAGUGCUGUGCAAUUUCAAUUUCUAUUUGGUUUCUAAAGCCAAAAUGUGUUUGAUUUUUGAGUGUGAUUACAUAUCAUUAUGAGGAAAUUCAACACCAGGAAUCAUCCAACAGCCAGCAGGAUUUACUGUCCAUGCUGUGUUUAGUACUGCCAUAGUUAUUCUGCCACCUACAGCUACUCUUCAGCCCUACGUGAGUGUCUGCCAAAAUCACUCUAGAAUAAUUUGGACAGCAUUGUGCUUAGGAUAUGAAGUCACACACUGUGGUAUUGUUUUGCCAGCUCUUUGUACCUCUGUAAUGAAUUUCUACACGGAAGAAGGAAAUUCUUCUUUUCCCUUUGUUAUUUUUGACAGAUUUGUCCCUCACUUCAUCAGUUACUGCUUUCUCCUCCUCCUCAUGGUCAUUCUAACCAUACUGGAAGCAAAAACAGCUAAUGAGAAAACAGAAUUUGUGGUUCCUAUACAAGCGUACUCAAUCUUGUUAAUCUACCUGACACCUGAAGUUCAUUAUCUAUUGAUGGAGAGCACAGGUUUAUCAGUAAUGCCUUCUGCCAUGUCAGAAUAUCAGAUAUGUUGCUUUUAAGAUUAAGAAGCACAAAGCUACGAUAACACCACUAUCAUGAAAUCUAAAUUUUUUCAAAUAUGGAUUUCUCUAAAUCUCUUCCAUGCAGUGAGCAACUCAAUGACUGGAAGAGUUUCACACUCUACCAUAUAUGUACAGAUGUGUGAAAUAGAAUAGUUAAGCUUAAAAUAAACUCUAAAAGCGAACAAGAUAAAAUACAGGUGAAUUAAGGGUAUCCAAAUAAGCUGACCUUGCCCCCUGCUUGCUGGCAGAGUGCUGACAGCCAUCUGAGUAGCUUUGUGCAUUGCAAUAAAUUUUAUAUUACUCCUUCUAGCUCAUAGGAGGUUUUUUCCCUGUUUGUCUUAGUCAUCUUUCCCUUAAGCUGCAGGCUUCCAAAUGAAGCUAUGGGCUUCAUUUCUUGUUGAGAAACCAUUUUUGCUUCCAAAUCUUUCUUCGCUGAGUAUGCACAGUUACUCCCCAGGGAAGGAACAUGUUUCUAUUCUCCCCCAGGUGACUGGCAGUGCUCUUUUAAAGGAAUAGUAUUGUACAGAAAAACACAAAAUUUAAACAAAGAUCCCCUUAUCAUUUGGAUUUACUUAGCAGAAUAUCAGUCUUUCGAGGGGACUCCCCAGUACCUGGCAGUGUACCCUUAUACCUAUGAGUUAAAAAGACCUGUGGUUCCAGUACAGGCAGCUGCAGGUUCCCUCGGAGCAGCAUGUGCAGUGCCAGCUAUCUGCAGCAAACCUUUGGUUCAGUCCCACUGAGGGUACAAGAGAGUCAACAGGAUAGCAUAAUAAGAAUGCAGUACAGGAAAUGACAGAUUUCAUUACAGAGUAGCUGGAAACAAACCUAAUUUUUCAUACCCCUGCCUUAUCUCUGUCUUUCCUACUAUUGAGAAAUGUAUCCUGGAAAUAUCUAACACUUGGGAGAGAUGAACAGCAUUUUAAAAGCAAUAGAAAAUUCAGUACCCAAGCACACAAGCGAACGUUGAUUUCCCUUCUGAAGUCCUCACAACAAUUCACAUCUGUGUGACUCAGGGCACAGGGGAAGGGCACACUCAGCGCUGUAUCUGGUUCACUGACUCGAGUUCAGAGGAAAAACACUUCUGUUUUUCGAUUCAGUGCUGAAUUAUGUUUAGAUCUUAGAUUACACAAGAGGGAAAGAAAGCAAAGGGUGGAUGAGGAAAUCUUUCAGUUCUGCUUCUGGGAAGCGGCACCAAGUUCACGCUGUGGCAAAAAAGUAGGCCUAGAAAGCCUUUCGCUGGGAAGGGUGGGCCUAAACUUGCUAGGUGAGCACCCAGGCAACCUCCACCCGGCACAGCAGGAGGCACACAAGGAGGCACGUAGCGCCCAGCUACAGACAGAGCUGCCGCCAUGAUGGCGCGACCCGCGCUCAGCCGCCGCCUCAGCGCCUCCCAUCAGUCGCAGGGGCGGCACCGCCCGCCUCCAUUUCCGAGGCGGCGGCGGGCGGUAGGUGGUGGCCGCGGGCCGGCGCUGCCUGGAGGCGGCGGCGGCGCUCUCGGGGGAGGGAAGGAUGCGGGCGGUGAUGCAGCGACCCGUCCGUUUAGGGUUUAUUGGCCUGUCCCGUAGCUGGGAUGCGGUGAUACGGAUGGCAGAAGCACUGCGGGGGCUGGCCCGGGAGAUUUGAAUCCUUAUAUUUCUGGGACAAGAAAAACUUGACAUUGGGAGAAACACUAUGAGGUUUCUUUGUGUUUCACUUUCUUUAACCAUGAUUUGCUGGCUAGCUGAAGGUACCUUGUCAAAAACAGACGCAAAGAAAGCUGCUACAAAAAAACUGGAAGAAAAGACACUGCAUUCUGAUAAGAAUGUGCAGGACCGGGGACUGGUAGUUACAGAUCCAAAGGCAAAGGACAUUAUACUGGAACACAGAAGCUACUGCUCUAAGAAGACGAAAGAAAGACACUUCUCAGGAGAUGUUCUGGGAUAUAUUACUCCUUGGAACAGCCACGGCUAUGACAUUGCUAAAAUAUUUGGAAAUAAAUUUACAUUAAUCUCACCAGUCUGGUUACAAGUGAGAAGGAGAGGGAAGGAGAGGUUCCAGUUCACUGGGCUCCAUGAUGUAGAUAAAGGCUGGAUGAAAGAUGUCAGAAAAAACUCCAAAAACAUCAAAAUAGUGCCUAGAAUUUUGUUUGAUGGCUGGACUUACCAUGACUUUGAGAGUGUUUUUGGCAGUGAAGAUGAGAUAGAAGAGCUUUCACAGAGUAUGGUUCUGCUAGCCAAGAAUGAAAAUUUUGAUGGCUUUGUAGUUGAAGUUUGGAGUCAGCUGGGAAAUCAAAAGCAAAAGGAGUUGAUACACUUGCUCAUUCACCUUUCUGAAGCUCUGCAUGAAGCACAACUGAAACUCAUACUCGUCAUACCUCCAGCAGUCGCAGCAGGGACUAACCAGCCAGGAAUGUUCACAAAGAAAGAAUUUGAUCAGUUGGCCUCAGCAGUAGACAGCUUCAGUCUCAUGACAUAUGACUAUUCGACACCACAAAGACCUGGUCCAAAUUCCCCACUGCCCUGGGUACGAGCCUGUAUUCAAGUAUUGGAUCCUGAUUCAAAAUGGAGAAAUAAAAUACUUCUAGGGCUGAAUUUCUAUGGCAUGGACUACUCUGCUUUGGGAGCCUUGGGGGAGCCAAUCCUCGGUACCAGGUACAUUGAAACCUUGAAGGAGCACAAACCAAAGAUUGUCUGGGAUGAACAAAUUGCUGAACACUACUUUGAAUACAAAAAAAAUAAAGGAGGAAAACACGCCAUCUUCUAUCCAACACUGAAGUCCAUCCAGUUGCGCUUAGAGCUUGCAAAAGAAUUGGGCACUGGUAUAUCCAUCUGGGAACUGGGACAAGGCCUGGAUUAUUUUUAUGACCUGCUUUAAAGUAAGAGAUGAUGUGGGAAAGACUCUUGCUUCACUGAGACUCCACCUUCAAUUAAUUUGAGUAUCCUGGAGAGGUGAUUUUGAAAACAUUUUUUGUGAUUUAUUUCAUAUCUGUAUUAAAUUUGCAUUUUUUCCCAAUAAAGAACUUCCUGAUUUGCCACAUAGACAAGAUUGUUGGUUUCUGAUAAAGUUCAGAGAAAAGAACUUGAAAGCUUCUGAAUUCACAGCGCUUAGAAACAGACCAACCUGUACAGCUAGGAUGACACUAGAACUGAAAAUAUUUUCUAGGUUUUUUUUUUCUGCAAGAAAUUAAAUGGACAAACUGGUACCAUCUGAUCAGGGCUUAAGCUGGAUAUCUCUCAAACAAUUGCUGCUAAUCAUUUAAGUGAACAAAUAAAUUAAUCAGAUUAUGUCUGGCAAAUUUAACAUCUGCUGGACUCUGCAACCUGCUGUCUUUUAAUAAGGUAAGUCAACAUAAAAUGAAGAGGGUGGGUGUGAGGGGAGCAAUUAGAUACCUUACUCUAGGGCUGGUAAAGGAUUGAAUACUGACUGUUGGCUGUAUUUGUUUUCUUCAUUUUACUACAUUGCUUAUGUAGUUCAAAAUCACAGUAAUUCUGAUUCAUGACUUAUUUCUAAAUCAUUUUUGUAAGUAGGAGAUGAUGCUCUGUGAUUUCUCUCUUCCACUUAGCCUGCUUAGUGUCUUAUUUUACAGUACUUUGCACCAGUGCAUGAUGCAUUAGUGAUUAGUUUGUGGGAACUGUAGUGUUUAGCACAAAAGGCUACAAUGGAUAUGAGAAGUAUGCGUGUAAUGAUGGAUUAUGCUGAUAACCCCAAGAGAACACCACAGCAGCACUGACAACGCCUUUAUUUAAGUAGGUGCUAUGAAUAUAGUCACUAUCUUUCUGAAUAAAGCUGUCAUUAUUUAACUGCACACAUUGGUGCUUUUGCCUCCAUGAAACAGAUUUUUUUUUAUUAACUCAGAAGCUAUUAAAAACAGCCCUGUCUCCCCCAUAUAUGUAAGUUUUCUGUUUGUAGAAGUACACAGGCUUCAAGGUAGUUUGUUGUAAGGAAGUAAGGGGAGGUGGUGGGAAUUUGAUGAGGGUGUUGCUGGUCCCCAGCAGAGAUCCAGGCAGUAGCUCUGUACUCCCACUGGCGUUCUUCUUGCCACUUACAGUUGUCACAAAGAUAACUGCACUCCUUCUCUUUGCAUCCACCCUUCCCAGUAAUUAAUCUCAGUGGGGGAUUUAUCUGCCCCUGCUUGUUUCAGCGGAAUAAAUCCCACUGUAAUCCACCAUUGAUUAAAGAACUAUUGAUCUUCACCUCACUGAUUUAGUUCUGGCAUCUCUCGACUUCUCACAUUGCAGUAUCCAGCAGGGUUUACUAAUCAGGCUUCUUUCUUCCAUACCAUUAGUACUGAGAUAAUUUGCUACGUGAAUCCUCAUGUUCAAUUAACUUGAGCUCUCUGGUUCGUUCAAAAGCAAUUUAAAAGUCACUUUUGGCAAUGGUGUCUGCACAAGAAUUAAGUUCUAUUAUGCUGUUUUUCUGCUUUCAGUGGCAUUAGCAAACCAGAAUGUCUCAGAAAAAAAGAUGAUCAGUUACAAACGAAAGAGUUUGGGAUCUGAAAUGGCAUGCAUUGCCAGCUACUAGCUGGUAGAUAGUGGUUUUAAAAGUGAAAGUUUUGGGGAAGAAGAAAAUAUUUCAUUUUAAUAGAUUGUUUCCUCUCUAAAAAGGAUAAAUGUAAUCUGUCACACUUUUUUCUUCAUUUUUUUUCAAUCUCGCAAUGAUUCUCUCUGAAGUUCAACUGUUCUUUUUCUCUUUGAGUACAGCUGUGCUAGGGAUAACUAUCUUUAGCAUCCUCAGAGAUGGAAUGAAUACUUCUGUGUGUCAGAAAGAUCAAACUAACCCUGCUAAAUCAUGAAAAAUAAAUACCAGAGGAGAAGUACAUUGUGAGUUUGAGCAAUUCAUGGCAUGAGACUAAGGAUUUUGUCUUUUUGUCUUUAAAGGUAAAACAUAUUUAUUGCUUUAAAAAUAACAGUUAAAAAGAAACAGAGCAAGCAUAGUUCUUUAGCAUGAAGUUCUCAGAAAAUAAAGUACCUGGCAGGCAUUUGAUUGAACUUCAGAAUGAAUGAAGACUUGCUUCUAAUGGAUUUAUGUUAUGAUCACUUAAUUUCUCAAUGUGUGGCAGUGUCAACUUGUGUUUUGUUAGAUAUCACAGAAUGCAAAAAAGCUGUGUACCACCAGUGACCCAUGAUGAAGGCAGAUUUCUCUUGAAAUUUACACCUCACUGCUUGGGUGAGAAGAUGACACAAGAGAGAUGCUGGUACAAAGAUGGGUUCUGUAGGGCAUCUGUUUUUGUGUCUUUCCUUCUGACAAGGGGAGCAAGCUGAGCAAAGGGCAGAAAUGGGUGAGAGUGCUGUGUGGCAGUGCUGUAAGAACCACGAUACUGGGCAAUUUACUUUCAUUUCUGUGCUUCAAAAAGAACAGAAAACAUUGCUUUGUGGUAUAUGGAGACAUUUUUUGGUACAGUGAGGAAAACAUUUUACGUCUGUUUAUCCUUAAAAGCAAAUACUUCUUAAAUGAAGUACUUGUGGAGCCAAAGAUAUUGGACUUAAAAAAUCAAGGUAUGAUGGGGAGAAAUAUCUGGUGUUCCUGUUAAAGCAGCAAAAAUCAUGUAGCAAGUAUUAAAAUAGAAAUGUUUUUAUUUCAACAGAAUAUCCUUCAGUUUUCUAAAGUACUAGUAAGAAGACAAAAAGUUGUGCUGUCACCUGACUCUGUUAUAGGAACAAAUUUCCAUAUGUUACAGCAAGAUCACAGGUGCCAUGAACAGUAUCAAUUACCUAGCUGAUGCCAAGCAGAGCUUUCUUACAUGUGGCCCUAAUUGCAUUUCCCCAUGUUUUAGUUUUUGGAGUUAGAACAGAAUAGAAUUUGAUUAACACUGGUUCUUCAAAAUGUUGCUAAAAUAAAUAAGGUCACUUAUCAUGUGUUAGCAUUUGAGAUUAAAAGCUGAAAAUCUGUCUUUACAUGUAUUACUUUGGAAAUAAAAUGUUAUUACAAAUUGUAAUUAAAAAAAAAAAAAAAAAAGUGGAUGAAUGGAGUCCAAGAGUCAAAAUUGAAAACAAUUUGUUAUUUUACUUGUUAUUUAUUCUCCACAUCAGCUGCUGAAAGCAGAGCAAGGCACCACUUGGAGCACAAAGAUUAUCACAUUUGAUCCAUCCAUUGCGUGGAGUUUAAAUAAGGUAAGAUUUAGUAAUUACCUGGUCUGGGAAGGCAAAGCAUAAACUGAAAGCUGUUCCUCUGUGUGCAACUUCUCAGGUGGGAACAGAACUGCAUCAGAUGCCCACAUGUUGCUUUGAAGGUGGUUAACGAAGCUCAUGUGAAAGUGCUCAGUGUACAGGAGCAGUGUAUUGAUUUUCUAGAAACUUUCCAGCUCUCCUAAUUUCAUUCACCUGAAGCAACUAAUUGCAACAGGUGUGAUGUGGUGGCAGGAAGGUACAGACUUUCCAGUAGCAGACUGUGUGCUUUGUGAUUCUGGAAUCAGUGACUUGGUAUCAGCCAAGUAGGAUGGUUGUAUUUUUCUGCACAUGCAGCCACAGUAGAUUGGAGAAUGUUCCAGUUCUCUCAUCUUUUGCCGUGACAAUCUUGCUAUAUGCAGGAUUGCUUGGGUGAUACGCUUCACCUUCCUUGAAGGAUGGGGGACAUGGAGUGGAAGUCAGAAGAUUUUGACAUUCACCAGUGUACUCCACUAUGUAAAGCCGGCAUGGUACCUCUGCUUCUCAUCCUGCUCAAAAAGGUAAGACUGGGUAUAUUGUUUUCCCUUAUUUCAUGUGUUUGAAUGUAUUAUAGAAGCUCAACCUCACCCCCUGCCCCAAAGAAAAACCCUUAAACCCUAAGGACAUCAUUAAUUUUUGCCAAUCAUUAGUUUCCUCUUCUAUUCUUCCUUAGAACCUGCAUUUAGAAAUGGCCUGAAUAGGCAUUUCAGUGAGGUCUCUUCCAGUGUGCCAGAGCCUUUGGUGCGUGCUCUUUGUCUGCUGUUAAUGGAGAAUGGGUCUGUGACUGAAAACAGCAAAUGUGCAGUAGCUGCCCAACUUAAGAAAUUCCUUAGGAUUGAAUAUGUCUGUUUUCACCCCAAAUCUAAUAAACAUUAGAGGAAAAAAUCCUCUGAUUUCACACUUCUAGCCAUGAGUAGAUGUAGACCCAGCAGCAGCAAUAUCUGCAUUCUUCUGCUGUAGGAGUUAGGGGGAAGGUGCUUGGGAGCAUUGUGCAGUUACAGUGAGGGAGGAGAGAGAGAACUUCUGUUGUUUCAUUUGCUAAACUGGCUCCCUUAUCCCUACAGUUACACAGUGAUUCUGUGGUAGGGUGGGAAAGCUCAGCUUUGCUCAGAGCAGCUACCUCUCUUCUGAUUUCCCUCUUGCACAUAUUUGCUGCCCCAGUUGCCAAAAUGGAAGCUUUCUGAGUAAAACAAACAGUUGUGUUGUUUUAACUCUGCUAUUUCACAUUCCUCUGUGAAAAGACUUUGUGCUAAUAAUCAUUAUUUGUUUUCUUUAAACAACUGAUGUAUUUGGCUACCUGGAAGUCCAAGUUCCUUUGUUCUGCACUCGUGUGUUCUGCAACUGUGUUGCAGCUGGUAAUGUACCAGGUAGAGAUGUUUGAAGUAAUUGAUGGUAACUAC